UCCUGUCUACAGUGUCUGUGUAAAUGUAGAUAAAUGUGAGGAUUUUCUGUAAAUCCCUCUUCUGUUUGCUAAAUCUGACUGUCAAUGCUCAAAUCAGAGCAGAUAGAGUCUACGCCAUGGAACAAAGUCCUCAAUAUUGAAGUGUGACAUUGCUCUCUUCAUCUUUCUCUGGAUUUUGUUUUUUUUUUCCUUAUUAUCACAGCUAACAAUUUCAUUUCCAGACCCUGUACUUAAGAAGCAAUGGAAAAAAACAACAGUCUCUCAUCACACUUAUUAAAGUGCUACUUUUGUGAUUUCUUAAAGGUGAAGAUGAAUAAAUGGUCAUACAUCCCUCUCUUCUACUUGGCUUUGUGUCUACUCACUUUAACCCACACGGCAGCAGCUGGUCCAGAGACACUCUGUGGUGCUGAAUUAGUGGAUGCCCUCCAGUUUGUUUGUGAAGAUAGGGGCUUCUAUUUUAGCAAGCCAACAGGUUACGGAUCCAGCAGUCGUCGUUCAAAUCACAAGGGAAUAGUAGAUGAAUGCUGCUUCCAAAGCUGUGAUUUAAAGAGGCUAGAGAUGUACUGUGCUCCUGCCAAACCACCCAAAUCAGCACGCUCUGUACGUGCACAGCGUCACACUGAUAUGCCAAAAGGUCAAAAGGAAGUACAUGUGAAGAGUACAAAUAGAGGAAGCACAGGAAGCAGAAGCUUUAGGAUGUAAAUGCCACUUGUAGUCUUGAAGAAUAAAUUUGCCAUCUGCAGGAUAUGUUACUGUAAAGAAAAAAAAACAGAAACCAAUGGAAGACUUCACGUCUCAACCAAUGGGCAUUCUUCUCAUGAACAAUGUUAUGUCUGUUAUGUCAUCUUGUAAACUGUUUUUAUUACUUUCUAAUCAUUCAUCUAUUUUACAUAUCCUGCACAUUUUCCUUGAUAACUGUGUCCCUUAAAGGUCCAAAAAUUAAAGACCUUUUGAUGGCUGCAAUUGCACUAAAAGUAACCAAAUGUUUUGUGGAUGCUGGAUCUUUUCCCCAGCCUUGUCUAAGCAUUUUUUUCCCUUAUAUUUGCACUUCUACACAUGCAACAGGCUGCCUGCCCACACAUAUUUGCACAGUUGUAUUUCUCAGUAGUAGGAAAGCUUUUGAUUUAUCCAUAUCUAUGGACAUGGGUCGGUUUAAUACGUUACACAAUAAGACUUGACUUAUCCACAUCUCUCUGAAAACAUACAUACAUAAUGAUGCAAAUAAUUUUUUACAAGCAGUUAAACAUGUGUAGGCUCAUAAAAGUCACUGAUUCUUUUAAAUAACAAGCUAGUUAAUUUUCCACUAGUAUACAUAUGUUUUGAAUUAAAGCAGUAUGUACAAUCAUAUUUCUAAUGCACAUAUAUCAGUUGUUAUGUAGCUCUGUUAAAAAAACAAAUACAAUGGUGCUACAGUAUGUUGUAGUAAGUGUGGUGUUAUGAUCUGGCCAAAAAAACUAACAGGUAAAAGCAAACAAAAAGCAUAGUCUGUGGUCUAUGUUUUAGCCUUAUAUUUGUAUGCACAGAAAUAAGCACAUUAAGUCGAAAUUAAAUUCAGUUGGAGCACUCAAUUUUCCAAACAGAAUGUUUGCAAGAAUCCUUUAAUAAUAGUAGCACGGCAUUCUGAACAUGCAUAUGUAGAUUUGUCCAAGGUUAGCAAAUGGUAUAACAAAUGUAGUGCAACCUCUAUGUUCACCCAUAUUUACUAAUCAGAAAAAAUCAUGUGAGCCAGCAAAAACUGUGGUCACUCUAUUUAUCUUUAAUGGUAGUAAGAUGCCUCCCAGUAUGAAUCAGAAAUAUAUAUUAACACAUGAAAUAUAUGCCCCUGUAACAAAUCUUACCAAAACUUUUCUGAGAACAGAGGCUACUGCCAGAGAAUGUCUUGACAUACAUUUUCAAUUAUUCUUUCAGCCGUCUACAAGUAAUGUAACUGUACGCUACAUAAUGGUUUCGUUGUGCUUAACUAGAACAGCAGAUGUUAGAAAAGACUGGUCCCUUGAGCCAAUUUACGUCAAUUCAUUACUUACAUUCCAUAUGCGUUUUGAAGAACAGGAACUUAUAAUGUUAUAUGGGAAAGAAAUUGCCUGGACUUUUAAGUAAUACAUUAUUAUUUCUUAGUGAAUAUUAUACUUUUCCAUUAGCAUACAGCGUGAAGACUGAAUUAUAUCCUCAACUAUUCAUAAGAACAAAAAGCCUUCUUAGAGAACAGAAAAGAGCCUUAACUGGAAGAAAUUAGGUAAUCUUCAAGUAUGUAAAGGCCUUUACUGCUUAUAUAUAACAUGAUGUCUAAAGGUGAUAUAUAUGCAAUGCUGACUUUAAGGAAAAGUAAUUCAAACUUAUUAAAGUAUGAAUUUGUGAAUAUGGGUUAACAUUAGUAGUGGCAUAAAUCACAAGUCCAUCGAGCCUUCCUAAACCUACCUGGGCAUUUCUAUUAUAGCACAUUUUGAGUGAUAACUAACUAGAUUGAAUCAUUUCUACCAAAUCACUAAAGGUAUACAACAAAAAUAUUUUUACAGAAUACUAAUUUAAAGGGACAUGAAACCCUAAAUUGUUAUUUCAUGAUUCAGAUAGAGUAUGCAAUUGUAAAGAACUUUCCAAUUUAUUCCUAUUCUCUAAUUUAUUUUGUUCUCUUUGUAUCCCUUGUUGAAAAGUAUACCUAGAUAGGCUCAGAAGCUGCCGAUUGGUGGCUGCACAUAGAUGCCUCUCGUCAAAUUAGAGGAUGAGGCAAAUUAGAUAAAAGAAGUAGGUUGGGAUUUUUUUAAUAUUGUAUGGUCGAUCUGAAUAAUUAAACAAAAUUGCAUGGUUUUUAUGACCCUUUAAUAUAUAAGUAACAGUCUUACAAUAAGAACUAGUAAAGAGUGCAUUCAAUGAAAGAUAUGUAGCAGAUUUGCUUUUACCAUAUUUACUUUUUUGACCAGGAACUGUAAAGCGGUGCUAUUGUUUUCUUAAAUGAAGUUCUUGACUAAAUAUAAAAUAAAGCAUAUAAAAUAUAUUUUUUAAACUAAGAAACUGACAAUCAUUGUGUAAAUAUAGUGCUUAUGAAAUAGUUUUUUUUAUGUCAAUAGCUUUUGAACUUUGUGACAUCUGAUAAUGAAAUAUUUUCAUCUUAAUAAUUGGGGGGUUUUUUGUUUUGUUUUUGUUUUUGUUUUUUUUUGGAACCUAAGCACUGUGAGGUUCCAUAUUGGAAAAUUGGACUGUAAUGUUUUCCUGCUAGAACUAAAAAGAAAUUGCAAUAGACUAUUUUGCUUUUGUUAAUGGUAUUUUAUUAUUUUUAUACAGUGCUGAUUGUGCUUCCUGCACUUUAUGAGAAAUAUUGGGGAUAAUGUGUAAGUCUGUGGCAGAAUGAUAGAGAGAAUAUAUUAUGCCAUAACAUUCUUGUCACUUCAGUGCCUAAAGACAGAACAAAAUGAAAACGGUUUAUUAAAAUUGACUUUAAAAUCGGUUUUCAUGACCCUAAACUUUUACUGCUGUUUUAUACAAUCCAUACAAAAUAUGAGGCCUUAUUUUAACUCUAGUAUUAUCAGUGCAACAUUAUCAUGCUAAUCAAAUAUUAUCAUUUUAAUUCUUAAAUAGUUCCCACUGCAAAAGACAUCAACCAACGUUUAAUCAACCACCAAUUCAAAUAAAAAAUAUAUUCUCACAUAAUUUUGAAAAUGCUGAUAUUUUUGUCAAAAGACCUCAGGCUCUAUGAUACUGUAGUUGUAAACUUAAUAACUUGUACUAACCAUGAAAAAUGUUUGUGAGCUUUAAUGUUUACACCUGGAAUAUGAUCUUUUCAAAAGGAGUAUUUUCUUUUUUCUUCAUUUUACCUGACAACAAUUCUAAGAAGCUGUAACCAAAUCAUAUUAAGAAGCUGCAACUAAUUGUAUUAUAAUAAUUAAAAAAAACAGCAACUAAGAAUAAAUAGUUCAGUGUUUCAAUCACAAAAAA